CUAUAUUCUACGCGGCGCUCGUAUCGCCAACGCCGCUUGACAACGAAAAUGGCCUUCAACUUCGUUGCGCUCUGCUACAUCGUAGCUCUUAUUCUGACAGCCCUCCUCAUAUUUAUGGCCGUGUUCCAUGUGAUCGCCUUCGACGAACUGAAGAACAACUAUAAAAACCCCAUUGAACAGUGUGACAGCCUGAACCCGCUGGUGCUUCCCGAGUACCUUGUGCAUAUCCUCUACAAUGUGCUCUUUCUCUGUGCGGGUGAGCUCUUCACAGUGCUGCUUAAUCUGCCACUCGUAGCCUACCACAUCAACAGGUACCGGCAGCGUCCUGUGAUGAGUGUGCCUGGCCUGUACGACCCGACAAGCAUAAUGAACGCGGACCAGCUGAACCGGGCGAUGCGUGAGGGCUGGAUCAAGCUGGCCUUCUACCUACUCUCUUUCUUCUACUACCUCUAUGGUAUGAUCCACUCCCUGAUUGCUGUGGAGUGAGCAGCUUGAGCCACACCCCCGGUGAGUGGCAGCAUUGACAAGGAUUCCGUCCCCCAGUGGCUAUCGCGAAGCAAGGCGCCUUCUGGACAUAGGUCUUGCAAAGUGCAGCAGAAGAUGCAGUGUGUGCUGUGGUCUGUGCCGGAACUGUUGUCAGCAGACUGGAGUCCUUCUCUACAUCAGAGUGUGCUGUGUUUUUUGUGCUGACGUACAGCUGUGUGUGCGCGUACCGUGUCUGCUGCCCUGCUAUAGAUUUGUGUGGGACCUCUUGUUCAGGAAAAGAUAGUAAAAAUAUUCUAGCUCA